AUGGCGACCCCGCCUCCAGAGGCUCCUCCGGUGAUGAAGGAGGACAAGCCUCAGCUGCCGCCGUCUCCGACGGUUGUCUCUGCACCAGUGGUUGCGCCAAAUAGUGCGCCGGUUGCCACGCCAGAUAUCAAAACUGACGGUUCAGCCCUGACGGAGAAUCACACGCCCACUACGAACGGCAACGCUCCCCACUCUCCUGCGAUUGGUAACGGUACGGGAUCCGCGGCUUCUCCUCCCAAGUCACCUGUGCGAGACGCCUCCGAGGCGGUUGUUCCGACUGCAUCAACUUCCACUGAUACCCCACCUUCCUCUGCGCCUCCUGCGCCGCAAGAGACAAAGGCCCCAGGAGAGACAACCACUCCAACUCUCACUCCUACUCUUCCUCAACCUCAGCCUGCCGAUUCUGCGACCCCAGCUGCAACCAACGGCUCUGCGGAGAAAAGCGCUGCCAAAACACCUCAAACCUCUGCAAUCGCCUCUACCGGAAGCAUACCUCCUGGGAAUUUCGACGGUCCUGCUGAUACGCCUCCGGACGUGAUGGCUGUUGAUGCGCCUGAGAAGGCGUCUGCUACCCCGGUGAAGACUGAACUUCCCCACCACCCCACCACUGAAUCCGCCACCCCCAACUUGCCUCCUCUCCAAACCGACCAAGAAAUGAAGGAUGCCCCAAGUGCCCCGAUGUCUCCCUCCAAGGUGUCGCGGGAGCGUGAGAUUGAUCCAGCCGAGGAGCCUGCUGCCAAGCGGACCAAGGUUGAGAACGAGAAUGGCGUGCCCUUGAACAACAAGGCUCAUGAGCUACCUACCCCUGCCACCGUGACUAGCCCAGUCUUUACCGGUGGUGACUCUGCCAUGACCAAGAUGCAGCACAAGUUCCUCACCAAGCAAAUCUCAAGCUUGAAGCGCAUGCACGACUCGCGCUUCUACCGAGUCCCUGUGGACCCUGUUGCCUUGAACAUUCCAAACUACCCAAGCGUCAUCACUCGCCCCAUGGAUCUGGGCACCAUCGAGAAGAAACUCAAGGCCAACCAGUACUCCUCUCCUCAGGCGGUCCUGGAUGACUUUGCUCUGAUGGUCCAGAAUGCGCACACCUUCAACGGCGCGGAGCACCUGGUCUCCCAGGAGGGUGCCAAACUGCUCGCCACUUUUCAGCGACAGAUGAACAAUCUCCCUAAGGCUGAUGAAGUGGAGGAGAAAAAGAAGCCUAAGAAGACGACGGAGAAGACUUCGGCUGCUCGACGUGAGCCUCGUACCUCCAUUGGUGCUCCAGUUGCGGCCCCGGUCCCCACCAUUCCAGCCCCGGUUGUGGCUGCUCCUAAGGCGACCUCUCCCCAGAGCGCUACCUUUGCACUGGGCCCGGAGGGUCUGCCCGUCAUUCGUCGGGACUCUGCCAACGCGGAUGGACGUCCCAAGCGUUCCAUCCACCCCCCGAAGCGCGACCUGCCCUACUCGACCAAGCCUAAGAAGAAGAAGUACCAAUGGGAACUUCGCUUCUGCCAGGAAGUUCUUGAGGAGCUGUACAAGCCCAAGCACCAGGCUAUCGCUAUCGCCUUCUACUACCCCGUCGACCCCGUUGCGCUCAACAUUCCUACCUACCACAGCGUGAUCAAGCACCCUAUGGACAUGUCGACCAUCAAGGUUAAGCUCACUACUGGCCAGUACGAAAACGCCAAGGAGUUCCACUCGGAUGUCAAGCUGAUGUUCAAGAACUGCUACCGGUUUAACCUGGAGGGCGAUCCGAUCUACCUUGCCGGCAAGAGCUUGGAAGACAUCUUUGAUAAGAAGUGGACUGGCAAGCAGGAGUAUCUUGCCAAGCACGAGCCUCCUCAGGAGCACAACUCGGAGUCUUCGGAGGAAGACAGCGACGAAGAGGCUGAAGAGAGCGACGAGGACAUGGAAAAGAUCAGCAUGCUGCAGCGACAGAUUGCCGAGAUGUCCCGCCAGGUCGAGUUGAUCCAGAAGAAGAAGAAGACUCCUCCUGCGAAGAAGGGAUCCAAGUCUGGAAAGUCCGGUGCCACCAAGAAGGACGCCAAGAAGAGUGGCAGCAAGAAGGACAAGAAGAGCAAGAGCCUCUCCAAGGUUGAGAAGUCUCGCAACAUCACCUACUACGAGAAGCAGAUCAUCUCCAAUGGCAUCAGUAGCCUGCCCGACAAGAAGAUGCAGGAGGCCCUCGGAAUCAUUCAGCAGAAUGUUCCUGCUCUGAAGGGUACUCAAGAAGCCGAGAUUGAGUUGGACAUUGACGAGCUGCCUAACGAAGUCCUGCUCAUGCUGCUUAAGUUCGUGAAGAAGAAUGUUCCUCACAUCAUGGAUGACGAGGAGCCCGUCUCUGCGGGCGGCAACGUGGCCCCCGCUGCUCCUAAGCCAAAGAAGAACAAGCCGAUGAGCAAGUACGAACAAGAGGCUCAGAUCAACAUGCUUGAGAGCAACCUCUCCCGCUUCCAGGGCGGCAGCGGCUCCCCGGCGCCGAUGCCCUCUGUCGAGGCCAACGAGUCUAGCGACGACGAGUCGGAUGACGAUUCGGAGGAGAGCGAGGAGGAGUAA